CUUUCGAGUUCAAGGAUAAUGUACCGACACGAAAUAAACGCAUCAAGUUCUGCUAACAUGGCGCAAGGAGAAAGCAAUCUUCCCCCUCCUGAACCGAAUUUGGAUAAAACUUUUCAACUAGACGGGUAUCUUCGUACAUAUGAGCACGAGAUACGAAGACGGUAUAAGUGUUUUUACGAACUGCUAAAUAAAAUUGAAGAAAAUGAAGGUAGCGUGGAAAAGUUCACCAGAGGUUAUCAGGUUUUUGGAAUCCACCGCCAGCGCGACAAUUCAAUUAAUGCAGUUGAGUGGGCACCGGGUGCCGCUGGGAUGUACUUGCGAGGAGAUUUCAAUAACUGGCAGUUUGAGGAGAAGUUUGCUUUCAAGAAAGGAGAUUUUGGCCGGUGGCACUUAACAAUUCCUGCCAAUGAAGAUGGAAGUUGUCCCAUUAAACAUCAAACUAAACUGAAGCUUGGUAUCAGGCUUCACAAUGGAGAGAUUGUAGACAGAAUCUGUCCCUGGGCAAAAAUGGUUGCUCGACCAGCCACAGUGCCUAUAUUUGAGCAGAUCUAUUGGGACCCACCAGACCAUGAAACUUACAAAUUCAGAAAUGUUCAUCCACGUCCUCAAAAGGGCUUAAAGAUCUAUGAAUGUCAUGUAGGGAUUGCAUCAUGGGAAGGAAAAGUUGCCACAUACAAACAGUUUACACAGAAUGUUAUUCCCAGAAUUGUUGAUUUAGGUUACAAUGCCAUACAGUUGAUGGCCAUAAUGGAACAUGCUUACUAUGCAAGCUUUGGCUAUCAAGUAACCAGUUUCUUUGCUGCCUCCAGCCGCUAUGGCUCACCUGAGGAGCUGAAAGAACUGGUGGACACUGCCCAUGACCAUGGCAUUGUUGUUCUUCUUGAUAUCGUCCACAGUCACGCCUCGAAGAACACAGUGGACGGUUUGAACCAGUUUGAUGGAACCAAUUCCUGUUAUUUUCAUGAUGGACCUAGAGGUUUCCAUGACCUAUGGGACUCAAGACUUUUCAAUUAUACUGAAUGGGAAGUACUUCGAUUCCUCUUGUCUAACCUACGAUGGUGGAUUGAAGAAUACAGAUUUGAUGGGUUUAGAUUUGAUGGUGUCACUUCAAUGCUGUAUCAUUCCCAUGGCAUGGGACAUGGGUUCAGUGGUCAUUAUGAUGAGUAUUUUGGUCUGAACACUGACACAGAGUCCCUGGUUUAUCUGAUGCUCUCUAACCAUUUUCUUCACUCACUGUACCCAGAGUUUAUGAUUACAGUUGCUGAGGAAGUAUCAGGCAUGCCAUUGUUGUGUAGGCCUCUAGAAGAAGGAGGAGCUGGCUUUGAUUACAGACUAGCCAUGGCUAUACCUGAUGUUUGGAUUAAAGUGCUGAAGCAUACAUCAGAUGAAGACUGGAACCUGGACAACAUUAUUCACACUUUGACCAACCGGCGCUAUGCAGAGAAAUGCAUUGCUUAUGCCGAAAGUCACGACCAGGCUCUGGUAGGAGAUAAGACUAUAGCUUUCUGGUUGAUGGACAAGGAAAUGUACACCCACAUGUCUGUUUACAGUGGACCAAAUAUCAUCAUCGACAGGGGCAUCGCUCUGCACAAAAUGAUUCGACUUAUUACUAUUGGACUGGGUGGGGAAGCUUAUCUCAACUUUAUUGGGAAUGAAUUUGGACAUCCAGAGUGGUUGGACUUUCCCAGAAUAGGCAACAAUGAAAGUUUCCACUAUUGCCGGCGUCAGUUCAAUCUAGCAGAUGAUAAAGUUCUGAAGUAUCAGUACCUGAACAACUUUGACAGGGCAAUGAUUCACCUGGAGACUAAGUACAAAUGGUUGUCUCAUCCCCAAAACUAUGUGAGUCUUAAACAUCAAGAUGACAAGGUGAUUGUCUUUGAAAGAGCUGAUACCCUAGUCUUCAUUUUCAACUUCCACCCACACAAGAGCUACACUGAUUACAAAGUUGGAGUGCAGGUCCCUGGAACCUACGAGAUAGUUUUAGACUCUGAUGCUGAAGAAUUCUGUGGCCACAAAAGACUAGACCAUAAUGUCAAGUACCACACUUUCCCAGAACCAUGGUGCAACAGGGCCAAUCAUAUAUUUGUUUAUAUUCCAAGUAGGACAGCCAUUGUAAUGGCUAAAGUAGCUUGAAAGAGGCACUGAGUGUGUGUUUUAUGGUUCUAUCCUUUUUUACACCAGAGUUAUUCCUUCAGAGGACAUUUUAAAAAUUGUUUUUAAAUGCUGUAAUGCAGGCUAUAUCUUUAUAUUGUAUACAUGGCAUGCAUGACAAGUCUGAUGUUUCAGUAUUAUAGUUGGACUUAGUUAAUAUGUAUAAUAAAACGAGAGAGCGCCAGGGUUGAGCAUUUUUGUUGAGAAGUGUUAAACUAAACUAAUGGCUCUUGUAUAUGUUAAUAGCCCCAAAAUAGUGUCAAUUAAUUUUAUAUUGGCAUAAAGAUUUGUGUGAUGUAAAAUACUAUAUUACAUGAUCUGUUUUAUUUUGUUUUAAAAGUAUCAUGUCUAAAUAUAUAUAUACUAUAUAUAUAUACUAUUUUUUAUUUAUUCAGACACUCCUAAUAAUGGAAAUAACAUAAAUAUUAAAAAAAAAACCAUUGCAUUUACUAUAUGACUUGUAAUGAAACCAAAAAUAAAAUACAAAUACAAACCAUUUCAAAGAAUAUUGUUUUAAGCUUCGUUGGCACCGGGAGCGUGCUCCUUUAUAGUUCAGAAAGAACUAAUAUCAUAAGCCUAAUACUUUGCCAUGAGAGCGAUAGGCUUAUGUCAUAAUACUGGGGGGAGUGGAAACUAGUCUUGUGACAUUCAAAGCCUCUAUCUUUUAUAUUGGAUGAUUUCCCUUUAUAAGUUUUUUUUAUAUUAAAGGGCAAUAAGCAAUGUUUGCUCAUUAAAGGGCAAUAACUUUAUAAGUUAGUCUACAUGACAGAAUGAACUAUUCUACUUCGUGGCUUUAGUCAGUUAGGAAAUCAAGUAGAAAUAUUUUUUUAAAAACUCCAGUUGCAAUCAGCAGUGAUAUGUGUGUGGAAUAGUUGCCGCUAAAUAUAAAACAAUAUUUGAAUGUUGGUCAGUUUCCUUGGUUACAAUCAAGAGUGUGAACGUCAGUGUUGAAAUGGCUGAUUGGUUGUUUAGUUUACACAUGAAUGUGGAUCAGUAUAGCUCCUUGUUGUCAUGCCACUAUUUUGCAUCCAUAUUUUGUUUAUAACAUGAUACAGUAGAGUGAAUUUACUAUUUUGUGAUAUUAGUGUUUUUGUUUAGGGUAAAUUACUAUUUAUGAGCAUUUGAAUAUUUAUUAAUAUACAACCAAAAAAACAACAACAAUGUCCUAAUUUCUAUUAAGUAUUCUAAAAACAUAGAGGCAGUUUACAUAUUUGAUGUGUUGUCACCACUUUGCUUUCUCUAAUUGACAAUCAGCAGUAACAUGUUACUGUCAACAAGUUACUUCAAAGAUUUUUUUUUUUUUAUCAGGAAAUACUUGUUAAAGUUAGUUUCCGUAGUUACCUUUUAGGUAGGCAGCAGAUGGGGUUUAGUUGGAUGAAUUUGUUACUUUAACUAUUUAUAACAUAGUCAUGUGAUCAGUAGACAUAGUGCAUUGUAUCUUUUAUUAUUCUUUGCUUGAAUUGACUCUCUAUUCAAGUAUGGUAAUAUCAUUGACAUGUUUUUGUUGAGGUUUUUUUGUUUUUUUUUUUCAUUACUGGGUUUUAUUUUUUUUAAAAAGGGCUGGGGUGAAUGUCUGAAAACAAUGAACAAUGCUAGAUUUUUCGUCCGCACUUGUACAAUUUGAUUGGGAGCCAUUAGAAAUGUUUAGAAAAGGUUUUGUAUUGUGAAGUUGAAUGAAGGUAGACAUUGUUCAAGUUGGGCUCAGUUGGCCAAUAGAAAACACAAAGUAUUUCUUCAAAAUAAAAGAUGUUUCUCUAGUUUGUGGUGUGUGUUAAAAGUGUCACAUCUGCCUUUGUGUGGUUAUACAACUCCCCAUCUUUGUUUUGUCUUGUCAUUAUAUUUAGUUAUGUGCAUAAAUAUAUAUCUAGAUAUUUAUACAUGUGUGUGUCUGUUUUGUCACAGGCUAGUUAUAUGUAUUGCUGCCAUGUGUGUGUCUGUUUUGUCACAGGCUAGUUAUGUGUAUUGCUGACAUGUGUGUGUCAGUUUUCUCAGGCUAGUUAUAUGUAUUGCUGACAUGUGUGUGUCUGUUUUGUCACAGGCUAGUUAUAUGUAUUGCUGACAUGUGUGUGUCAGUUUUCUCAGGCUAGUUAUAUGUAUUGCUGACAUGUGUGUGUCUGUUUUGUCACAGGCUAGUUAUAUGUAUUGCUGACAUGUGUGUGUCUGUUUUGUCAUAGGCUAGUUAUAUGUAUUGCUGACGUGUGUGUCUGUUUUGUCAUAGGCUAGUUAUGUGUAUUGCUGACAUGUGUGUGUCUGUUUUGUCACAGGCUAGUUAUAUGUAUUGCUGCCAUGUGUGUGUCUGUUUUGUCAUAGGCUAGUUAUAUGUAUUGCUGACGUGUGUGUCUGUUUUGUCAUAGGCUAGUUAUGUGUAUUGCUGACAUGUGUGUGUCUGUUUUGUCACAGGCUAGUUAUAUAUCUAUUUCUUCAUUCUUGUCACUGUACAUCUCAUCUCUAAGCAACAGUCCUUGACCCUUUUAACUUACUACAGGAAAAAAAAAAAAAAAAACACCAUGUCUAAUAAUUGUAAUAUUUUCUUUCUUUGAUGGACUUGACAUGCUUCAUGCUUACAUUUUUUUUUUCAUUUAAAUUAAAGUGUGUCUUUAGUCAAUGAUAACAUACUCUACUCUAGUAUGAUAUAAAUUACUAAUAUAUACUAACUGCUCAGACCUGAACUGGUGGUAUAUAGAAGACAGAAUUCCAGCCAGUAAACAAAAGUGACUAAUGCCUCUCUUGAAACUACAAAUGCUACCAACACAGUCUUGAUGUGGGCUAGUCUAUUGUCUAAGAUGUUUGCGUAUGACUGAAAUUGUUGUGUUCUAGUCUUGGAGAGAUGAUUUAUUGUUAUGACUUUGUCACGUGUUUCAGUCUUGGAGAGAUGAUGUAUUGUUAUGACUUUGUCACGUGUUUCAGUCUUGGAGAAAAAGAUGUAUUGUUAUGACGUGUUCCAGUCUUGGAGAGAUGAUGUAUUAGUGCCUUGUUCUGCCUGCGGGAAAUAAAUGUAAGAAGACAAACAGAACAAAGUUUUUUUUGUUCCAUUAUUUUACCGAGUUCAAAUCUCCUGUAAUGAUGGAUUACUUAUCAGGCAUUAAUUCAGCAUCUUCACAUCCAAUGACAACUAUAAAGCAGUCUGUUUUGUUUCAGUAAGAUGGUAAACAGCUAGAGGCCCUCAUUUUUUUUUUUAAAUAUCUUUAUUUGUACUCAAAAUGAACUUGAACUGUACAUAAACAGUAACAUGUUUUAGAGAAAACAUUAAAAUGUGGGUAAUAAAAAAAAAAUUAUUAUUUCUGA